AGUUGCUUUUUGAGGAGGAAGAAGCUGCUCAAAAAAAGCAAGCUGAGCUAUUGGAAAGGAAAAAGGUGAAAAAGCUUCGACAGAAGGAACUGAAAGCAAAGGAGCAAUCAAUUGAGGAGAAAGGAAUUCUGGAGGCACCAGCUGAUUGUUUUGAGGUUCCAUUGGCAGAAGUCUCUAGCCUUCCACGGCCAUCUGAUUCCUAUUCUAAUAUUCCUGACGUAUCUCUGGACGUCUCCACCUCUCUUGAAAUGGUUCAGUUCUCCAGCAAUGUAGAUACGAGCGUCGAAUCCCAAUAUGAUCUUUGUCACCAACACCUGGAUUCAGUUAAAGCUCAUAAUCUUGAACCCCGACCAGUGUCUGCCAAUAGUCGACGGCGUUUUGCCAAUUCCCAGUUGCAAGCACCAAAAUCGCAAAGGUCUGGGCGAAAUGGUGGUUUCCAUAACAAUCAAAAUCAUCAAGCAUUGAAAGCUGAACCUAUACAGAAGCACAAGGACAGUGGUACCCCUGUUAAUAGCAGUAUGAUAUGGACAAGAAAAGUUAGAGUUGAAAGUGAUGAUACUUCAAUACUGGAGGUGCAGAAAGAGGACAUAGAUCAGAAGCAGAGCAAAUCUGAAGUGAUAAUUGGUUCUAUAUCUGUUCCCGUGGAAGAUUGCAGCACUCAGCAGCAGGGAAGAGAUGAUUUUGGAAGCACAGAGCUUCGUAAAAAAUGCAAUGUUGUAGAGAAGCCAGCUAAGCAUGAUGCUCUUCAGGUUGGGUCAAAUAGAGCAGCUGCCAAGCUUUGGAGGCCUGUGAGGCAUACAGUUGGAAGACAAGAUCCUGAAGAAGAGGGUGUCAUGUGUUCAAAGUUUGAUGAUCGAACAUCAUUAAAUGAAAAUUGUUUGCAGUCAUGUCCCGUGGACAGCUCUGGCAGUCGUAAGAAUUGUCAGGAUCCAGAUGGAAAUGCACAUCAAGGUUUGGGAUUUUCAAGUAUCGCUGCAAAAGCUUUUCUUGCUCAGAGAUGGAGGGAGGCCAUUGCUGGAGAUCAUGUCAGAUUAGUGCUUUCUCCUGACACUGAGUCUUCAGGGCGCCCGGAGGUGCCAAGUAGCAGCAGUUCAGAAGCAGCCCCAGCAUCAGAUUCUGGGGAACAUGGGGUUGUUUCCAGAGCUGACACUGAACUGGCAAAAAAUGAAGUUCUUACUUCAUCUUCAAGUGGAAACAUUAAGGUCAAGUAUAGGCCAAAGCCCGAAAAGGGUGUUAAGACAAUGUACAUUCCCAAGCAAAAAAAACAUCAUUUAGGAUAAAAGGCAACAUUCUUACUCAUACCUGAAUAUGCAGUUUCUAGCCAGUGCAGCAGAGGUUCCUUUUUACCAGUUGUCUUCUGUGAGAGAGUUAAAGAUAGGGUUUCUAGUGAAAAAUAGCUUGUAGUUCCAUCCUCUAGUUUGAGUCGUUACAACUCAUUUUUGGCUCGGGCUUUUGCGCCUAACAAUUUUGGCGUAAUAAGUUUGGGUUUCUUUUUGGUCUUAUUUGUCAAUUCUUUCCGCUCACCAGAUAUCUCAUAUUUGUCCAGACAAUGUAUGAAUGAAUACAAAUCAAUUUGUGAAAUGAUCCCAAAGAUUAGAGAGCAA